AUGAUCAGUUUUAAGAAAAUUGCCGAGUUUCUCAAAAAGGUGGGUAGCCGGGACACUUGCUCACCUGGAGGAAAGGAUACGAAAAAUGCUAAAUGCACUAGUAAUGUUACAACAGAAAUACCCUCUGCUUUUGUAGACAAAUCUAGUCCAAUUAGCAAUAUUCUUAGGGGGCUCCCACCAAACGCUUCAGAACAAGCAGUUCUGCUGCACAUUCGUGCUAUGGUUGAGCGCCGUAUCCAAAGCUCUAGGAAAACUGGGCUUUUCUCCGCCCACGACGAGUCCAAACGUCAGAAUUUAGCUCUACUCGGGGAAGUUGGGACGCAGCAACCGCGAGUGUCCUCAUCAGCGAUCUUGUCCACAGGAGAUGCGUUAACUAAAGGCUCAAGUUCUAUGGCACAAGACCUCAAAGGUGGAAACACAACGGUAGCAUCGACUUCUUCAGGCAGUUGCCCCCAACACCAAGAAGGCGCCUUACCUAGUGUGACUGAUAUGCCGGCGUGCUACUUUCUGAAUAUGAAUUUAGGGAAGGGGGAUGGUACCUCAAAUUAUGGGGAGUUUUCUACCCCUGGAUCUACCUUAGUAGGUACGAGCGAAUGGGGUCCGGCUAUACUUGACCAAGUCGAGGAUAUUGACACGUGGAUGGCGUCUUUGGAACAGGAGAAAGCUGAACUCAUCGAGGCGCUCGACGUAUGUCUACAGGAAGUACCUGAGAUGAAUGAGUCCGAGCUGCAGGAACACAUACGGCAGUGCAUAGCUAAACGCGAGACAAGCUCCCGGAACGAAAACAAGACCACUUGCACAGGGAACAUGACCAUACCAUUUUCAAACACUGAUAUGCAGCCACAUGAUGUUGCUCAUUCAAUUGAAAGUGAUAAAAAAGACAAUAGCGAAGGCGCCUAUCCGCUUGAGGAGACUCAAGCUAGCAGUGAUCCUGUUAAUGAUCAAAAAGGUGUUGUUGAUGGAAACACAACGCCGCAACCCUCGUCAAAUGAGCCAAGCAUGAAGUCAGACCUAGAGAUCAUGACGAUCUAUGAAUGGCGCCAGCUUCUUCUGUCUCUUGUGGAGCUUUUAAUCUACACAGAAAGAGAUAUUCUCUAUCAACAAGCUUUCUACACGCAGCGCAAAGGACAGGAACAUGAUAACAUGAUAUUUGCUCUGAAGCAUCAGCAAAAGCAAGACGAUAUGCUGCCUAGUGCUUGUGAGUUUGAUGCGCUUCCGUCAUUGACCUCAAUGGAAGACCGUAGGAGCAGCAAGCAGCAGGUGCAACAAUCUAUGGAAACAAACACAACUGAAGUGGAAAAGGAUGGUGACGUGCCUUCAGGGGCUCCACAGAUUGCCUCCACAGGGUCUCCACAUCACCAGCCGCAGCAACAUGUGGAUCCCACAGCAAUGCGAGGCAUCCAAACCUCUAAAGAUACUACCGCCAAGAUCAAAGCCGCCUCACAGGAACUAGCGAAGAGUAUAGACAAAGUUCUCAGCGCGGCCUGUUCGCUGGCAGCGUGGAUCAUCCUUCGGUCCAUGCUUCAGAAGCAUAUUAUCCGCUUAGAGACGACGGCUCUGGAAGUGUCGCGGUCGCAAGAAACUGCCUCAUCCAAGCAUGCCGACAAGACGAUUGAGAAAAAAGACAAAGAAACUGGUAAGUCGGACAUCAAAAGUCCAGAGUUCUAUAAUAGCACGGCAGGCAUCUUCAACACCAAGCAAAACGUUCUAACGGUAGACUGGCCUGAGGUCAUUAAUAACUUGCGCGGGCUCCUUUCCCCCUUCGGGCCCUCCAUGGCUGAGUGCGUCAUUUGUGCAAGCUUCUUGCGUGAUGACGGGUUGGAGCUUAUGAUGUGCAUGCUGCAGGAGCCAUAUGAGCGUUCUCUUGUCAAGCCGAUCGUCACCAGCGACGAGAAGUGGCGGCGGCUUCAAUCUGUGUUCAUGAACCGCACCAAACCAACGGGCGGCAAUCAGCCCGAUAGCGGUGUUUCAUGUCCUCAAAGCUCGCACAUCCCCAUAGGAAACGCGAGCGGAGGCUGUGGAAACAGCAACACCAGCGGGGGAGGGAGCACGAAACACUCACCGGUACCCACUACAGGUAGCUCCUCAUUGAUACACCCCCAGCCCGUGCGUUCUAGCAUCACACUUCCCCCACAGCUCCUCGCCGCGAACUUCAACGCUCCCACACUGGCGUCAAUCCCAGACGGCCCCACCCUCGAUGACUUCCUUGCUGAGGUGGAGCUCGCAUACAGGGAAGGGGUCUUGAAAAGUUGGUCGGAGUACCUGAAGCAGAUCCUCUUCGUGCGGGAUGAAGACGACGGGCGCUUCGCCGUAGGGGCGUCCGUCAUGGUGUCCACCAACACAACAACGGCAACACAAGCAGGGACCUCCGCAACUGAUGAGAGAACCACAAAAAGUAGUUCUGAAACCCCUAUUGGAAUUCAGGCGCAGAAUGGGUUGUUCGGUACCAUCGAUAGCGGGUGUACUCCUCAAGAUUGUGAUUUCAAUGGCCUAUUACACAAUGUUAAUUGUACAACGAUUUGUCAACUUGCCACUGCCUUUUUUUUCUGUUCUGAUGAAUGGAAAAGCAAAUGUCAGCGAGCCCGUUUCGACUUUUUACAUUCUUGCAUCCACAGGUCAGCCCUAAGAAAGAAGACCGCGACACCGCAGGAACUUGCCGUAUUAGGCCCAGACAUGGCUCAAGUGAAACAACCCUCACUUCCCAUUGAAGAGCAUCCUGUAGCCACAAACGGCUCAGAGGGACUAACAACAAACUACCGAGUAUCGACUUUUUCUUUUGAAGACGAGGCAUUAAUUCAGAAUUCUUCAAAAAAUACUACUUCAGAGAACAACCCCAAUGACGAUAAAAAUUUUCUCGACAUGACUGUAUCUCCAGAACAGGUGAAUAUCAUUUCUGGAGGCUUACACUCUUUAUCCUCCACCUUAUCAUUUCAUUCAUGCAAUCCGUCUACAGCAGCGAUCUUAGAACCUGGAGCUGAAGGGUCAUCUCUGAGUAAUGAUACCACCGCAAAGGGUUAUAAUUACAUCCUAAAUUCGGGUGAUCGAAGCUCUGCUGAGCACCAGUAUUUACAACCAGCCCUGUGCGCUGUUGGCAAGGAAGUGCUAAUGCAAAUAACCAAAAUGUCGUGGGCAGCUGCACUACACAAACGCGUUGAACACUGCAUCACUGAUCAACCACCCGCUCUUGAACUUGCAAGUAAGUAUGCGCGUGAGGAGCGCCAGGUAUCGGGAAUGCUCAACGACUUUCGUGCCCGUCAGCGGGCUCUCAAUUCCAUUCUUAAAUCUCAUCUGUCCGCUGGUCGAUCUCAUGAAGCCCUCCCAAUUGCAAAUAGGCAUUUCAAAAAUGAACGCAAGGAGUGGAGUAGUCGUGCUCAGACUAUCUUCUCUGCAAUGCAUUACCUUCACUCUAUGGUACAGCUGGUACAAGCCCAGGCGGCGUGUCGCGCGUAUGGGGCUGUGAUCGAAACUGGACAAUUUGUAUUGCUUCAAUGUUCCCUGUGUGAGCAAAUGCUCGAAGUGAUUUCCCCAAAGCCAAGGGGUGCCUUCAUCCUUCGCUUCGGUAAAGCACGUAUGAAACUGUUGAAUACAAAGGUGUAUCUUAUGAAGGAGCUUUGGUACGCUUAUGCGAUGUUCAAUAAUAACGCGCGUGCCGAAAAGCUUUUUGAUGAGUGUGUAAAAAACAUACUUCAACUUCGGAAUAAAUUGCGCGAUAAUGAGCUUUUUGGCGUUCUCAUGAAACGUGGCAAGCAGCUCAUGAACAUGCAAGAGUUUCACAGUGCUGUAGAGCUGUUUAAACAUGCUGUCACAAUUUCUUCUGCAGCACAGAAAAAGAACCAAAUGGGCUAUACUACUGGGGUCAUUCUCAACUCGAAUAAUCUCAAUAGCACCCUUGGUGGAGUCAGUCUUCAAUCCUCUCCCUCCAUAACGACCGCUAUCGGCAGUCCUUCUCAAGAAUCCAAUCCCACAGUGACCCCAACCCCGUCUAACGCUGCCUCGGCGAACCCGCGUGUGGUGUCGAAUGCCUUUAGUGUGAAUCUCCACCUCCACCGCGCGGGCUCGUCCGACCCGAGCAGCGCCGACGAGCACCCCCACGUCCUUACCCCGCACGAGGAGGAGGAGCUGGAGCUGGGGUGGAAGGUCGCGGAGAGCCAACGGAUGCUCGCCCUGGCCUUUGUGACGCAGGCGGAGCACGAGGUUAACGUCCCGGCGCGCCGGGUCCAGUUGAGCAACGCGGUCAACAACGCCUACGCGUCCCAGGCCUCACUCCAGAAGUGGCAGUCCAAAGGAGGGACGCCCAAGCGCAUGUUGACCGCCGUCCCCUCGAGUCUUAUCGUGACCGCCAAGGCGCUGCUGCUGCUCGGCCAGCCCAAGAAAGCCGCCCUGUUGUUGGAGCCGCUGAUUGAGGCAAAGCCAAAUGCGGUGCCGGCAUGUCCGCCGAUGUGGGACGAGAUACUUGACCCCACUAUGGAUCCACUUACAGCAGAGGAUAUUGCGCUGCGGAUCUAUGUCAACUCCGUGCGUAUCGCCGUGUUUCAGCUGUACGGCCAAUGCUUGAGUAAGUUUGACGGAGAGCGAGGCUUGCGUGUAGUAGAGCGCACUCGUACACUUUUGCAGGAUAGUUUCUAUUGGAUGCAUGUCGUACGCAGGAAGAUUUGCUUGAAGCAAGACCAAAAAUCAUAUGAAGUAUCAUCUCUCAAUUUACAAUCAAAAUCGAAUCCACGUUCCAGUAAUGGACCCUUAUAUGAUACCGAAGACGGAAAACCCGUGAUUGAAAAUACACCCCUUUCCCGGGCACCUGAGGUGGAAUGUCCUGAAGGUAUUGAAAAUCACCACACAGAUUUUUACAGUCAAGUCCCCCGUAUUUCCGAGGAACGGAUGGAAGCGGUAAUUGUGCCAAACCUCACAAGUGCCGAACAUCCUCAGAAAAAUAGCACUUCGGUACACGAAGCUUUUGAUGCUGAUGGUCAUAUUACCGACAUUAGAAAAAUCAAAAAGGUGGAAGAUCUGUUUCAACGCAUCGACGUUUUCUUGGGCAGCAAGAGUGAGCGGGUGACGGCGCUACGGGCACUUCAAUCGGGCUGCUUGGAGGUACGCGAAGCGCACUGCGAAUUUGAGAUUACCGCAGGUGAUACGUUGAGCCUGCUGUGUCGCUGGGAAGACGCCCUUGAGGCAUACUUCCGAACCCUGGUCAUUUGUUUAAAUGAAAAUGAAGCUGCUGCUGAAACAUGCAAACGUGGUAAAUCCAUGGCCAGCCGCGGGGGAAACUAUAGCAGUGCAUCCACCGUUGCUACUCCAGCCGAAACGUUCACGAAAGACCUUGAUGUGUCUGCACUUACACUCGAUCUCUUAUUAAUGGAAGAACUUAAUCAAGAAUUCGAUGAUGAGGAAGAAGAAAUCAUGGAAGGGAUUGGCACAAUAAAUCCGUCAACAAGUACAGGAGCUAAGGAUCUGCGUGCCGUUAUAGCAUAUGAAGAGCAAAUAAAGUGUAAGGUGUGUGAAAACAUGGCUCUCAGCCGAAUCGCUAACGUCUAUAAGGCUUUAGGUAAACCCAAGAUAGCUAUUCAAUACCUCAAACCUGUUCUGGAAUACGCGAAAGAGUCCAAUAAUACGCUGGUUGAGUAUCAAUCAAUGCUUUCCCUAUCUCGCCUAUACACAAUCACGGAAGAACAUGAGCUGGCGCAAGAAAUGUGGGAGCGGGUGAGUGCUUUUGCUAAGAAGUACGAGGACAAGGAAGUAAGCCGAGAGACGUUGCGCAAUAUCGUCACGGUGCAGGAAGCUGCGAGGUUGUUUCCCGAUAUCAUCCGCACAGCAGAGGAGCUCAAACAACUUGCCUUGGCGGCAGAAGGAACUGACGCCGCCUCGGACCUGCGCUAUGCCUUGGAGGCCCUAGCUAACUCUCACCUUCAGCUGGCGCACUACAAGGAAUGUAUUGAAGUUCUAGACGAGAGAGAAAAAGUACAGGAGAAGUCCGGAGAGUGGAAUGGCAAACUGUUAGAACUUCGCGCACGUGCUCGACUUGGUAACGGUGAAGUCGCUGAUGCCAUAAAAAUACUCUCCACAUGGGUAAACAAGGCUAGACAACUGCAGAAUUGGUCUGAAUUCGGUAGGGCAAAUGGAGCACUUGGUGCUGCCUAUAUCGCUAAAGGUGACAACUAUGCUGCUCAUCGCUGGUACUUGUUGUCUUUACAAAGCUUUUCGCACCUAAAAGGAGAUAUUUCGCAUCAAGACAAGCUCUGUGUCAUUGAGUCUGCACGAUGGCUUGUGCAGAACUACUAUCUAAACAAGGACAAAAUGCAGGUGAAUGUGGAACUUCCACAACCUGGCAUUACUGCCAGCACUCACCCUGGCGUAGACGGGCAUGCUAAUAAAGGACUCAUUAACAAUUCCAUCUUUGCAAGCGGUGGCGAGGUCUAUGAAAGCGGUUUGCACAACCACAGUGGCGACCUCGCACAAAUGUUGGAAGAGGAUGACAGGAUGCGUUCUGGUUGUGGAAUAAUCAAACAGGAUCAAAGCUGCUUGGUCGAUGAUAAUAUCAGUACGUUUCUUGAUAGCAUACAAAACCACUCUUUUUCUGGGAUGAGCAUGUAUCUUGACAAGAGCAAGGAUACGAAUGACAGCACGUUGGAAAACACCUCUCCAGCCGACCUCACCGUUCCUUCUAACAAGACUAAAAACAACAGUGGGAAAAUAUCGCCCAAGGAGAACCCCACCUCCACAGUUGGGAAUAACAAAGACGACAAUGGGAUCAGGAUCAAUACGAACUCACCGAUAAGCUUUGAAACAGCACAGAAGCCGGAAAAUGCCGAUAUUGAUAAAACGCCUGUUAGAAACAAAGGAGGGCAUGUCACGAGCCCCGAAAAUUACGCCGAUGGAGAGCCACUUCACAACGCGGUUGAGAGCAAACCGCAGGCCUCUUCCUUAGAAGAGAAGCAGAAGCCAUCCUGUCUCUCCCCUGUGACAGCGACCUUAACGACAACAAUAACAAAGCACACCACAGCCAUUCCCAGCAUGACAUCAACAAAUGUCUCUAUGUGCAGCCGUCCGGCCGCGGCGAUGGCAGGAACGGACGCCCUCAACGGAGUCGGAAGUUCAGAUGCACAUAGCAACGUUACGGCCUGUGUGAAACCACCAGGCAAAACCCACACAGCUUGCAUGACUAACACCACCCCCCUGAUGUCCGAAGUCCUUCACAACCAUGUGGAAUGCUGUAACAAACGUCCCAGUAAGGUCUCGACGCUUUGCUAUCGAAUGGCAUUACAAAUAAUGGAGUGGGCGACAAGGCUUAUCCAUGGGUCCUGUACAAUCCCGCACUGCCGCUACGUUAUCCCGUACUCCCCUGCGGAAGGAGUGGAUCUCGCCUUGCUUACCCACCCGCGGUGCGUCUUUGUGUUUUUCUUCGCGGAAUACGUGACGGAAUCAAGCGCUGCCUACAACGUCAUCAUUCGCCCGGCAAACCACGUCCAUUUUAUGCACCGCUACGCGCAGGUCACCACGCUGAAGGAGUACUGCAACAAAAAGCUACUUUCAGGCGUUGUCAAGAAAGCAGCAAAACAAGCCGCCAUAGGAACGGAUCCCAUGUUUGCAUAUACCUUAGAUACAACAAAAAAAGCUAUCCCACAGAGCUUAACCUUGGAGCUCCCAUCGGGUGAGAUCCCAUCUAAAACAGAAAGUGUCGGCAGCCUUAACCGUAAAAAUAGUGCGAUGUGUGAAGCCAGCACCGGCAGCGCGUCGUUCCUGAGUUCCACGAUAGUGGAGCACGUUCUUGAAUGUGAAAUUCGGACACAACUGAAAUACCUCUAUGAUGAGCUCUGGAGACCUGUGCAGUCCUCCUUCCGCCGCGCGAACCUCAACCUGUCCGACGCGGAGUGUCUAAUCAUCGUCGCCGACCCCUCUCUCUUACGUGUUCCCUUCCACGCACUGCUGCCGAACUCGGAUGAUCUCUUCCCAGGGGAAAGGAACGAACCCCUCGGGCAGCAGGCGACGCUUGUCGUGACCCCCUCCGUCACUCACCUCGUUCAGUUCGGUGUCUCUAGGCGCGAAAACGAUAGGGCUACACCACCGCUUACAAUAGCAGCACUCAAUCACAAACAAAAAAAAAUCAUUUUUUUGCCUGAAGAAGAAGCGCGUGCGAACAAUCGUAAUAUCAACUUGAACACCGUCAACCUUGGCGAGUCGGAACCGGCUCUGCAUGGCACACCAUCCGUAACUUCACCUCAGGCCGCCAGCGAUACAACGCCAAAUGGGGGUGUACGAAACUCCACGCAGGAAAUUUCAAACGAGCCGGACGUUGAGGAUCCCUUUGCCCCCCUGCGCUCCUGCUGGUCGAUCCACGCGGGAUGCACACGAAAGGAACUUCUCAACGCCUUUGCAGAUCCCCAAAACCACGUCAUCAUGGCGCUCAACAGCCCGGUGGACGAUCGUCUGAAGGUAGCAGAUGGCGUGAUCGGCCUCCGCGACUUAGCCUCGGCACGGGGGCAGGAGACGGGGGAGGGAGAGACGAGCUGCUGCAGCGGGGCGUGCACCGCGCAUGGCCUGGACCACUUGGAGCUUCUCGUCAUUGCGGUUGACAGAGGAGUUUCCACGAGUGAAACGGAGCCUGUCGGGGCGCUCAGUCUAUGCCUUGAACUCCGCUGUACUCGUGUGCUGCUGUUAAAUAUAAUUACUGGCACCUCAAUCAAUUCCAUGCAUAAGGAGUUUCUGGUGCUUUAUUUGAAGCAUUUGGAUUUGGUGCGGCGUUAUGAUUUGAAAUUUCCCUAUGCGCUUGCGCUCCGCAUGACGUUGAGGAAGGCGAUUGAAAAAGAGUGGCCUGUAAAAUUGUGGGGUGCGUUCACCCUGGUUGGGGCUCCUUAG